AGAGGCUGGAGAGCGGAUCUGCCGGGGGUCGUUCGCAUCCUCUCUCUGCUGCUGGUGUCCCUGCUGCUGGACCCUGCGCACGGCUUGCGUGGCAAGGAGUGGUAUUGGUUUUCAUGUUUGCGAACCUCGUGUCCGCCCUAGAAGAUGACAGUGUCAUUCUGCCGGCUUCUGCGCUCUGUGUCGCCAUUGCGUGUGUCCCAGAGCCUCCGGAACACUCCGCCGCACACUCAGAGUGAGAAAGGAAAAGGCAGUCACGGCCUGGCAUUAUUAUGGAAACAAUUUUAACUAAAUGGACCCCCCGGGCCGCACUUUGAGAACCGCUGAUGUAGAAUAAUGUUUUCCUUAUCAUAAAAGAAGUUCCACACGCAUUGUGGAGAAACUUUAAGUAUUUGGGAAACUGGACAGAAAACCAUAAAAACUGCCCGCUGUGUUACCAGCCAGUGUUUGUGUUUUUUUUCAUAGUAAAGUGUCACCACCAGCAAGUGGCCUGGAUUCGAGGCAGGUUGGGCCGUUGUAAGUGUCCUUCAGGUUUCGGAUGGGGACGAGGAAGCUCCGAUAUUCCACAAAGCUGAUGCUGGUUCCCGGUUGCAGGCAGACCUGAGCCGGAACCUUCUCCUUGGCCGUUGUCUUUUCUAAGGACCUCGCCUUCCAGAGCCCGUCGGCACAGAACUGCCAGGGGGCCCUCUUAGGAGCAGAGAAAAUGGUGGUCUUCAGGCAGCUGUCCCUGGGCGUGAAGGCCGCCCUGGCCGCUGGCACUAUCUUCGUGUCCAUGAUAAUCUCCCGCUCCUACCUGUCUGAGAGCCUUGAGCUUGGAGCCCGGCGCUGGCUGGUCCGCCUGCAGCUUGCCCUGUUUGUCAACUCGCUCAUGCUGAUUGGCUCCCUCUACAUCUGGCGGAGCACAGUCAGCAACCUUAGCCACUCCCCAGCCUCGGAGUCGGCCUGUUUUCAGCUUUGGAAGGUGGCCGUGGUGACAUUUCUGGCCCUGGCCCAUUCCAGUUUCUUCACCAUGAUCUUUCUGGUGGCCGAGGAGCCCUAUCUGUUUUCCUUGGCCGCCUACUCCUGCCUCGGGGCGUACAUCAUCAUGCUCUUCUUCCUCUGUACCCUCAGCGGCAUGGAGCAGGCCUACCAGCUCCUGGCCUGGCGCAGCGGUAGGGUCGUGGGCAGCCUAGACAAGACAAGGAAGCUGACCCUCAGGCCGGUCCUGGCAGUGGUGGUGACCACCGUGCUCAGCGUAGCCGGGCUUCUGAACGCUGCCCAGCCCCCGCUGGUAAAAACUGUGGCAGUGCCCAUCCAUCAGCUGCCCCCCUCCAUGGACAACCUCAAGGUCGUGCUCCUCUCGGACAUUCACUUGGGCCCCACCGUGGGCAGGACCAAAAUGGAGAUGUUCGUGAGGAUGGUGAACAAGCUGGAACCGGACGUCACAGUGAUCGUGGGUGACCUCUGUGAUUCAGAAGCUUCCAUCCUCCGGACAGCCGUUGCUCCUUUGGGCCAGGUUCAUUCACGCCUGGGCACCUACUUUGUCACAGGGAAUCAUGAAUACUACACGUCAGACGUCAGCAACUGGUUUACACUGCUGGAGUCCCUGAACGUCCAGCCCCUGCACAAUGAGAACGUGAAGAUUUCCGCCACAGGGGCCCAGCGAGCUGCUGGUGAAGAUGACGACUGGAUCUGCUUGGCCGGGGUGGAUGACAUCGAAGCAGACAUCCUGCACUACUCCGGCCACGGCAUGGAUCUCGAGAAGGCCCUGGGGGGCUGCAGCCCAGACCACACCACCGUCUUGCUGGCUCACCAGCCCUUGGCUGCCAAGAGAGCCCUUCAGACUCGGCCAGAUAUUAACCUGAUCCUUUCUGGACACACACAUGCUGGGCAAAUCUUCCCCUUGAACGUGGCGGCCUAUCUCCUGAACCCCUUCUUUGCCGGUCUCUACCAAGUGGCCCAGACCACAUUCGUGUACGUCAGCCCAGGCACGGCCUACUAUGGAAUCCCCAUGAGACUGGGCAGCAGGGCAGAGAUCACAGAACUCAUCCUGCAGCGAGCUCUCUGAACCUGGCCUUGCCCCGUCUGCCUCCUAACCACCCCCACCCUCUGUUCUUUGUUCCUUUCCAGAGCAGGUCACCUGCUUUACGUCCUCCUGCCCAGCCCUGCCCACACACGCUUGUCAUGAGGCUGGCCUGAACAGUGAUUUGUGGUGGAGCUGCCUGGCAGGUUAACUCUGUAGACGGCCAGUUGCUUUUUACUAUGCAUUUGUGAGGUCACUAAAAUCACAUGCGUAGGACAGGCACCUGUUUUCCAGAUGACGUGGAGUAAACCUUCCUUCUCUGCAGAGCUCGUAGGAAAUAAGCCGAAACAUGGGGUUGCUUGAAAUGCAUACCUCUCGAAAUCAGAGUAAGGAAGGUACUCUGAGUGCUUUUUAAACCCUCUUUAGGACUUAGGCAGGUUUCAGAAUCAUUGAUGUCGAGCUUUCUGGGCAAGGGGGCACAUUGCUAGGUAACCUGGGAGAGCAGGCAAGAUGGAGGCCCCUCUGGCUGCUGAAGAAGAAUUUCUUGUCCCCCCUGGUUCUCGCAGAGCCAUCUUUAUUGCGGGAAUCAGCAAAACCUGCUGGAAUACAGAGUUCAUCCUGUUCCAGACCUUGAGCGAUGCUGUUUUACUGCCUGUGCUCCUGGGCCUCUGGGGUUGGGGGUGCGGUGGAAAGAAACUGAGCUUCGUGGUAAGUGGUGGUAAUAGUGCUGCGUAGGGAUUCAGAGGGUGUUUGCCUCCUUUUAUACGAUAAUUGGGUGAGCUAAUUAAGGACAGGCCACUUUCGAAACCCUGUCUAGAAAUGAGGAAACUGAGGCAAAGAGCUGUAGGUCAGGCAUUAGCAACAGGACAAGGUAUGUAGGAGAUUCUGGGCUAGAAGUCACACCUUCUUUUUCCCAGUGAAAGUGUUCUUUCCACUGUUGGUGGUCCAGCAGCUGUAUCUGAUUCAGAGUUACCAGAAUUAAGAGAACAAAAAAGGGCCUAGAAUCUGAUAUUCUUUAAAAGUAGUUUGCUUGAAGCUAAUUUCAGUUCACUCCUAACUACAUGGGCCAGGACCUGGAGAGGAGUCGGCUGGUUUCAGUGUGGGUGUCUGUUAACACUGGAGGGAGAGUUAGAAAACUGGUCCCCCCCACCCCUCACUCUGCUGGCGGUGGGGGGUGGGGGGAGCUGCAUGGCAGAGUCUCUCAACCCUGCCUCCCCCUGGGUCCUGGCUGUGGAGUGCGGGGACCAUUCUUCCUACUGCCCCCUGGCCUGACCUCAUCAGACAUGUCCUAGGACUGUGGCCACAGAAUCAGAGGGCCAUCUGUGCUGGCCACUGGGCCCAUGGCAAAACAGGCAGAGGUUACUGUGUCUCCAUCGGCCCAGCCCUUGUGAGACCCCUGGGCCCUGGGGCAGCUGUAAGCAGGCCUGUUAGGAAAGGCCUGUCUGAGAAGGUGGAGGGCCGGGGCUCAGCGUUAACAUUUUUGUGACUGACAGUCUCUGAUGCGAGGUCACCCUGCUGCUCAUGGGUCAGAUGUGACCUCACCCUAAAUGGAGACAUUAUCAUUACCUCAACCCUGUGCUGUGGGCAGGGCACUGGGAUGUGGCGCAGGAGUUGCGCGUGGCACAGUCACUGGCGAAGCGCGUGCUGUGGCUGCUUUGUAAACAUCAGGUGGGGGCUUGCUAAGGAACUGCGGUGGGUACAGGUGCCUGGGAACUUACAGAACAGACAGUCCUUGGGGUGUGAGUGGGUCGUGUGCCUCCUGCUGCCGGGGCCCAGUGAUUUGCUGGGGGGUUGCUUUCUGCUGCCCGUGUUAGGUCUCCGUUGCAUGCUCCGCCUGGUGGGUAAUGGAAUCCCGGGGGAUCCUGAAGACCACCUUGUUAUGUCCAGAGAUUUGGCAGUGGGCCUUCCAGUCCAGUGUGGCUGAUUCUGCCUUAUGAGACCCCAGACAGGGCCAUCCUAGGUGUCCAAGGAAUAGUCAGCAGCACCUCCGCUUGGCUUGUAGUCCACGGUGAGGUGGGAGUUUCCCAGCAGAGACUUCUCGUUGCCGUCCAGAUACGUCUCCCUCCCCGGCACCCUCUGCACCUCUCUUCCUCACACACUUACCUUUUUUGUUUAUGCCUGGAGGAGGUGGUGAGAAAUAGUUACUUGGAGCUUGAAAAUUCUAUUUCCAUUUUUUUUAAUCUGUAAAUUCAAGUUAAAUUGAAAUGCUUUAAAAAAAAACCAACAAUGUCAUGUGUAGUAUGAUCCCAUUAUUGGGAAAUGCAUUCACCCCUCUGUCAUCCAUUCCAAACAUCCGUCUGUCUUUUUUCCCCUUGAUUUUGUUUUUAGAUUUUUUUUAUUGAGGAAAUGGAAGAAAUGUUCACAGUGUAGAGAGAACGGCGCCGUUCUGUCAGCACCCAGCUUCAACAGCUGUGGACAUGCCGCUGUUCUCUCUCACUUGUUCCCAUCCCACACUCUUUCUCUUUUGGCUGGACUGUGUUAAGGCAAAUCUUAGAAAAUGUGAUGUUACCCCCAACUACUUCAGGAUGAAUCUUUUCUAGGAAAGCAUACACCUAAUGCUGUUUUAUACCCAAUGAAAUUAAUAGUAAUUCUUUAAUAUCACCUAAUACCUCGUUAAAAGGUGUGGGGGCUGGAAGCCCGGUCUUCUACCUCUCAGUGAAAGUGUUUUUUCCAGUGUCUGAAGUUUAGGCCACUGUGUCUGUUAGAGGUGACUACCAGGACUCAAAUGCAGUCUAUUGUCGAAAGAGUUAGUAUGCAGCUUUUCCUGGUUAUCUCAGUAGUUGUUUUUUUACACUGUCGUAAAGAGUACACAGCAUAAAACUUACCAGCUUACUGAUUUCUAAGUGUAUAGUUCACCAGUGUUAAGUGUAUUCCCACUGUUGUGGAACAGAUCUCCAGAGCUUUUUUUAAUCUUGCAGAUCGGAAACUCUGUACCCAUUAAACAAUAACAAACAAUAACUCCUCUUUCCCCCUCCUCUCAGCCCCCAAUGACCACCAUUUCACAUUCUGUCUCUGUGAAUUUGACUACUCUGGGUUCCUACUGUUAUUUUUGCGAUGGCUUCUUUCACUUAGCACAAUGUCCCCAGUGUUCAUCCAUGCGGUAGCAUGUGACAAGACUUCCUUUCUAAGGCUGAAUAAUAUUUCAUUGUAUGUAUAUAUCGCAUUUGGUGUAUUCAUUUGUCCAUCAGUGGACACUUGGGUUGCUCCCACAUUUUUUUUUGUUGUUGUUUCUUGUGACUGGUGCUGCUAUGAACCUGGGAAUGCAAAUACCUCUUCAAGACCCUACUUUCUCUUCUUUUGGACUCGUCCCCAGCAGUGAGAUUUUUGAGGGACCUCCAUCCUGUUCUCCACAGCAGCUGGACUGUUUUACCAUCCCACCAGCAGUGCACACGGUCCUCAUUUCUCUGUGUUUUCACUGGAAUUUGUUACCAUUUACUUUUCAUUAGUAGUGUGAGAUGAUAACUUACUGUGGUUUUGGUCUGCAUUCCUCUGAUGGUUAGUGAUAUUGAGCAUCUUUUCAUAUCCUUGUUGAUCAUUUGUAUAUCAUCUUUAGAGAAAUGUCUAUUCAAAUAUUUACUCCAUUUCUAAAUCAGGUUAUACAACUCUUUGUUGUUGUUGAGUUAUCAGUUCUUUUUAUAUUCUGUAUUAUUAACCCCUUAUCAGAUACAUCAUUUACAAAUAUUGUUCUAUUGCCCUUAAAGGGUAAAAGUUUUAAUGGGUAAAAACCAUUUGUUUAUUUUUCACUUUUGGAUCCUGUGCUUUUGGUAUCAUAUUCAAGAAAUCAUUGCCAAGUUCUAUAUCAUAAAGCUUACAAUCCACUUCAAGUUAAUUUUUGUAUAUAAUGUAAGGUAAGGGUCCAACGUCAUCCUUCUGCAUGAGAAUAUCUAGUUUUCCCAACCUCAUUUGUUGACAAGACUAUUCUUUUGCCAUUGAAUAGUCUUGGCACCUUUGUCAAAGACCAUUUGAGCAUAUAUGUGAAGGUUUAUUUAUGACCUUUUUAAAAAAAGAUUUUAUUUAUUUAUUCUUAGAGGUAUGUGCCCGGACUAGGAAUUGAGCCAGCGACCCUUUGAGUGACAGGCUGGUACUCAAUCCACUGAGCCACACUAGUCAGGACAAUUUAAGAACUUUUUAUUCUAUUCCAUUGGUAUAUUUGUCUAUCUUUAUGCCAUUACCACUGUAUCAGUUUUAUAAUAUAUUUUGAAAUCAGAAAAUGUGAAUUUUCCAACUUUGCUCUUUUAAAAACUGUUUUAGCUAUUUGAGGUUCCUUGAAAUUUCAUAUGAAUUUUAGGAUGAUUUUUUUUUAUUUGUGUAAAAAAUGUCGUUGGGGUUUUGAAAGAGGUUGCAUUGAAUCUGUAAAUCACAUUGGGUAGGAUGGACAUCUUAACAAAACUGAGUCUUUCAAUUCAUGAACAUUGAAUGUCUUUCCAUUUGUCUUCUUUAAUUUCAUUCAACAAUGUCUUGUAUGAGUCUUCACCUCCUUGUGUAGGUUUAGUCCUAAGUAUUUUAUUCUUUUUGAUGCCAUUAUAAAUGGAAUUGUCUUAAUUUCCUUUCUAGAUUGUUCAUUGUUACUGUAUAGGAACACAGUUGACUUUUGUAUGUUGAUUUUGUGUUUUCCAACUUUGCCCAAUUCACUUAUUAUUCUAACAAUUACUUUUUUAGUGUGUAGAAUCUUUAAGACCUUCUACACAUAAUAUCAUGUCAUCUGUGGACAGAGAUAAUGUUACUUCUUCCUUUCCAAUUGAAUGCCUCUUAUUUUCUUUUCUUGCCUAAUUGCUCUGGCUUAGACUUCUAAUACUGUGCUGAAUAGAAGUGGUGUUGGCAAACAUCCUUGCCUUGUUCUUGGUCAUAGAAGAAAAGCUUCAGACUUUCACCAUUGAGUCUGAUGUUAGCUGUGGCCUUUCAUAUAUGGCCUUUAUUAUGUUGAUGUACUUUCCUUCUAUUCCUAGUUUGCUGUUCUGUUAUGAAAGGUGCUGGAUCUUGGCAAAUCUCUUUCUGCCUCAAUUGAGAUGAUCGUUUGGGUUUUGUUCUUCAUUGUGUCAGUUGGUGUAUUGCACCGAUUGAGUUUCAUAUGUUGAACCAUUCUUGCUUUCUGGGAAUAAAUUUCACUUGGUCAUGGUGUUUAAUCCUUUUAAUGUGUUGUUGAGUUUAUUUUGCUGGUAUUUUGUUAUGGAUUUUUGUAUCAAUAUUUAUCAGAGUGUUGGUCUAUACUUUUCUUGUUAUGUCUUGUCUGGCUUUAGUAUUAGGGUGAUGUUGACCUCAUAGAAUGAAUUGAGAAAUGUCCCUUCCUCUUCAAUUUUCUGAAAGAGUUUCAGGAGGAUUGGUGUAAAUUCUUUAUUUAAUAUUUGGUAGAAUUUUCUAACAAAGCCAUCUGGUCCUGGGUUUUUCUUUGAGGAUUUACAGCUACUGAUUCAGUUCUUCUUACUAGUUACUGGUUUGUUCAGAUUUUUUCUUUCUUCGUGAUUCAGUCUUGGUAGGUUAUGUGUUCCUAGAAAUUGAUCUGUUUCUUCUAGGUUGUCCAGUUUGUUGGCAUGCAGUUUUUCAUAGUACUCUCUUCUAAUCCUUUUCAUUUCUGUGAUAUCACUUGUAGUGUUUCCUUUUUCAUUCCUAAUUUUAAUUAUUUGAGUCUUCUUUUUUAUUAGUUAAUCUAGCUAAAGAUUUAUCAGUUCUGCUCAUCUUAAAAAAAACUCUUAGUUUUACUGAUUUUUUUCCUAUUGUUUUUCUAUUCUCUAUUUCAUUUAUCUCUGCUCUGAUCUUUAUUAUUUCCUUCCACUAUUCUUGGGUAUAAUUCCUCCCUUGGUUUCUUGAGGAAUUAUGUCUCUUUGCAGUUCUUUUGUUUGAAUCAGGAUUCAAGAACAAGGUCCAUAUAUAUUGUAUGUGAUAUAUUUCUUAAGUCUCUCUAAGUCUAUUAAACACUCUCCUCUUUCAUUUUGUAUCAUUUGUUUAUUCAACUUACCGGGAUAUUCUAUCUUAGAAUGCUGUACAUUUUGGACUUGUGGUUGUGUUUAAUGUGUUAUCUAUUCCUCAUAUAUUUCUGUACACUGGUAGAGGUAGAGAUCUAUAAAAGUUAGAGCUAGAGGCUGGAUAGAAUCAAGUUCAACUUUUCCCCUUUUUUGAUACAAAGACUUCAUUGCUUCAGUGAUACUAAGAUUGACCCAUGGGGCCAGGUGUUAGCUUGGUCCCUCCACUAGAAAGUUUCUCAUCAACUUUUUAUUUAAUGUUUCAGCAGUCCCUGAUGAUUGCUGCUUAGAUUUAUUAUUCCACUUCCAAUUGCAAAAUGGCGAUUUUUAAAAAAUAGUGUGAUACAUUAAAUUCAGACUUUAGUAUGCCAAGUGUACUCAAUAGGUUUUCUAAGAGUAGUGGGCUUUUAUAUAUUCAAGAGACAAUGGGAACUUCUCUAGCCUCAGUUUUGCAUUCUGAAGGAGCUUUUGUGGCACUCAGAAAUACAGUCCUUCCCUCGGCCCCCAAAACAGUGAUUUUCAUUUUCAUCAUGUCUUCUGUAUUUAUCAGCUAUCAUUCUUCUGCAAAGAACUCUCCUCAUCAGUUGUUUGAUUGCUCUGAAAAAGUCUGUAGCAAAGGCAAAACAGACACUAGCUCCUUCUCCUUUGUUCAUCGAUUUUCAGAUUAAAUAGUUGCUGCCCCAGCAACCCAGUCUCCAAGGAUAACCAAUAAGCUUUCUUUGGGAUGGGAGAGAGUAUUACGAAUUUGGUUAUUUUUAUAUAUUUGAUGUGUUUCAAUCCAUUGAAGUGAUACAUCUUUUGAUGCUUAAAAUACCUCAUUUUUGGCCAAUUAUGUCAUUUUGUUGUGACCCUAAUAGUUUUUGAUAGUUUUAGGCUUAUUUUGGACACACUCUGCCCCAAACUUCAGCUAAGUAAUUUUUUGAAGGCUCCUGGCUCUUCUUAGUAGAUAAUAUUUACAGACCAUAACUUAAAUGCUAGGGGAGCUCAUUGCUACUGGCCACGGUCAAUUCUAAGCUGUUUCGGUAGGUAUUGCUAAGAAAUGUACAUGUUUUUCAGAAAAAGAAAAGAGCUUAAGUUUAUAAUAAUAUUUCUAAUUCAGAUAAAAGAUUAUGGGCUUUUUCAAAAAUAGACUUUAUUUUUUUAGAGCAGUUUUCAAAAUUCGGCGGAAGACACAAAAAUUUCCCCCUUAUCUCUGAUGACAGGGUUUUUACUUCACUUUCUUUGAUUUAGUUUGUUUCUUUUUCACAUGGAAAGUUUUGGUUCCUAACAACCCAAAGCAAUUACUUAAUUACUUUAUUUUACUUAUACGUUAUAGAUUCAAAAUAGUAAUACAAUAUUAGUACUAAGAUGAAAUCUACUGAAUGCGGGUUGGUUGCUUUGUGUGUUCUGCUUAAAUGCAGUUUAAGAUGUAUUUUUAUUCUUAGGCAAGACAUAGUCAUUUCAGAUUCACCUGAAAUGAUUCUUUCAGGAUGUAUUUUUAUCAUUAGGCAAAAUAUAGUCAAAAUACUACUUCAGAUUCACUUGGAAUGAUUCUUUCCUGUGUGUGAAGUGAGGUCUGUUUUUAACUUUUAAGAACUAAUUUAUAUUUUUGAAAAUUUAUUUAAAAAGAAAAACUAUGCACUUUUCUCUGAGAUGAAGGGGCAUAAUUAAACCUGCCAAUGUUUGUGAGUCCCGGAGGACUGGGAACUGGCCCCAACUGGGCUCAUUUCUCUUCCCUUCUGACAUGUCCCCUCCUUUUUCAUUGGAAUUUAGGCUCUUUACCCACAGUCUUUUUGGAUGCUGAAUAAAAAUCUUUGCAAAACAAGACAGGCAUAAGUACCAUAUUUUGCCUUGUAUAAUGCACAGUUUUUGCCCAAAUUUUGGAAGGAAAAAUAAGGAUGUGCAUUACACAUGGGUAGUACUAAUUCCAUAUUUAUAUAAAUGUUUUUAAUGCUUUUAUUUAUGCGUAUGCAUUAAAAGUAUAACUCUAGAAAGCAAUCACAAUAUCCAUAUGCAAAAUAAUAUCCUGGAAUACAAUAAUUGGUUUUGUUUCUCAAUAUAAAUAAAUAAAUAGUUUCAAUAAAAAAUCAAGAUGAAAGAUUUUUUUUUUCAAAAGUUUGGGCCAAAAACAUGGGUGCGCAUUAUACAUGGCAAAAUAGGGUAAAUAAACAGAAACGUGCAUAAGCUUUAGCAGCUCAUCCACAAAUCUCUCCAGGUCCAUGUUCAUUCUCACUGUUCUGUGUGGUGGUUUUGCUUCUCCUGCCUGUCUGGUGUAAUGGUGUUUCCAUGACAUUUCGUACUGGAAAGAUCGAGAGAUCCGGCAUAAUUCGAGUUGGUUUUACAGUCGUCUGAAAUAGUCCUCUUUCUCUUUGUUCUGUGGACUGUGGGGAAGCCGAUGAUGUGAGAAGACUUGUCCGCCCCCAUGUUCUCCCCACCCCAUAAUCCCUCUCUCCUCAAUCCCGGGGUACCAGCAACCUGGGAGGCUUGGGUCUCUGCCACCUUGGCCCUGAACAGCUCAUGUCAGGAAUUCCCUGGGGCUCUUGGGUCUCUGGGGUGAAUUGAAAGGGUCUGUAGAGUGUUGGGGAUGGAAACCCAUUGAGUGAGAACUUACCAGAGUUACAGGGAGGGACAGAAAGACAACAUUGUCACGUGAUCAGCACAGCCCCUGUGUAGGCUGUGAGGUCACUGAGCUCUUUUCAUUUCUUUAAUCUAGUUGAGGAAUGUGCACAAGGAAUGGAAAUAUAAUCACCAUUUUGCCUCAGGGCUGGGAAACCUGGGGAAUGUUCACAUUACCUGGUGAUGUAAAUUCCAGUGUUAUGUUUAAUGGGGUUUUUUAAAUGCUUAUUUACCACUGAAAGAACCUAAACUGAAUAAAUAACUUUAAAAAUGUCACAUUGGACAGUAUUAAGUCCCUGAUGUCAACUGAAUAAAUAACUUUAAAAGUGUUAUGUUGGACCGUAUUAAGUCCCUGAUGUAAAUUUGGUCUGGGGGUAAACAAAUAAUAUUUGUUGAUAUUUCUUCGGGGUUUUUACUCCCAUUAUAUAUAUAUAUAUAUAUAUAUAUAAUGUACACGGGGAACCUUGGGAAGAUGUGGUCCUGUCCUUGCUUGGAUCGAUUUAUUGAUGUGGGUUGCUGUGACUUUGUGCAUUGUAAGUAUUUAUGCUACCACCCCCCGUAAGUGUGAAAUAAAACUGGCUCUUCAGCAUUUCGUCCCGCUGCCCAUGGAUUUAGAAGGGCUGCAGUUUGCACAGAUGGCUAACUGUGCACUCUUUUCACUGGGGGGAACAGACUCGGAAGGCAGCCUUUCCUCAUUCCUCCUCUGCCCCCUGGUCACCUGCUGUCACUGGUGCCCAGCACAGCGAUGCUAAAGAAGCUGGUUCCUGGAGGCCGGAUCCUCUCGUAGCCUUCAGGGCUGAGAGGAGCCGCUUUGGAACCAUGAAGUGGAUUUUCCCUGUUAACCUCGACUGUGGCAGUCAUCAACAGGAAGCUCUCUUAGCUGCUGCGUCUGUCUGGGUUGAUGCCCUCUGUGGGAGACUUGUUACUUACUGCUCCCCAGAUCCGAGUGGCGUGGUGGCAGGGGGGCAGCCCACGGCCGGUCCUCACAGUCCACGUCUCUCCCGGGAGAAAGCGGGGCAGUUAGUAGGGCCCUGGGGCAAGAGCAAAUAUGUGUACUGCUGGCCUGGCCGCUUACAGACUACUUUUGAUCCUUUUUAUCGAUACUUUUGAAAAGACGAGAAUGUUAGCCACAAACCAAAGGCCAAAGGCUGUGUUGAUGUUCUAGUAGCCCUACAUCCACAGGGCAGCUGCCCCUGGGGCUACUACUUGGUUAGAUAAGUAGGUGGCCACCCUCAUCCACCAUGAUCUGUCUGGUUUUCACUGGGGCUCCCAGGUCGUUGGAAUGGGGAUCUGAUGGGGUGGCCUGUGGGUCAGUGGAGGAGGCACUGUGUCUGCAACUUCAGGGGGAAUUGUGGUCUUGCUUCAGAUUCCUCUUGAGUGGAGAUGGGGUCCAUUUCUAGGACUUCCCUGUGGCCUUUCCCUCCAUAAUGGCCCUUACCCGUGGUAGGGGGCUGGGGGUGGCUACGUAAAACCAUCCCGACGCAUACUCAGGACCCGUGAAAUAACCAUCAGGUGGUCUCUCUGACUGUCCGACCCACCGUGAGAAGGACCUGGGCCAAGGGUCCCUUUUGCCCCUGGCUCCCAGAGAGUGAGGAGGGAGAGGGAUGGCAUUUCAGGUCCCCCAGGAUCAGUAUUGGCUCAGACCAUCGGCCUCUCUCCUUAGGACACAGGUGCCCUAAGUCCCAUCGGGGGAGGACUGGAGGACUGCUGUGUGUGUGGUGCUUGGGCUGGCAUUGCAGGCCCCCCCCUCAAGGGGAUCCAUCCAACCUUCUGGUCAGUCACCUGGCUGUUUGUCAGAGAGGUGUCCCAGAGCUGGCAGCCAGAGGACGGGACCCAUUUGUCACUUGCAGUGGCCAACAGUCAGCCGUUUGUUCAUGGGUUCAUGACUUGUUUUUCUCUUGUUAGUCACGAUGAGUCACACCCUUGCUGGCUGCCCAACCGUCUCACCCUCUAGGAACGCUAUGGUUUGCGAGCCAUUGCUUAAGAUCACUGUGGGUCGGCACACCUGGCCGCCACUCUGGCCUCGCCCAUCCUUGGGGUGCUUAUACCCACCUGCUCCUGACGGCCAAGCAGUCCCCCUUGUCGGCAUCUCGUCAUCCCCAGUGACACUAGGGCGGGGCCCAGGGCCGCAGCAGCACCUUCUGUGACCAUUUCCCUACGGAGGGCUGCACCCUCAUCGGGUUUCCCAGAGAGGCCGGGCUCCCCACCACAGCCACAUCCGCCCCCGAAGGGAAGGGCGUCCUGGGGACCACAGCCAGAUGGCAGGUUGUCAGGGCACCAGGUUUACACUUCCGCCUCUGCGAGCAUCUCACAGCAUCCUCAGGAUGCCAGCGCAGUGUCGGCAUCCGUGGCUCAUUCCCUGUGGGCCUAUGUCACGUCCAGGUUCAGGGAGCCGUGCCAGCCACACAGCGACGGGGUACAGGUGCUUUACGGAGGUGCUGACUCUCACGUCAGAAAGGGUGCACUGCGUCAGCACACUGACCUCCCUCUGGCUUUGUGUUCCGGGCCCUCAGGAUGACUCCCAGUGUUCCCCGUGAUUAAACCCGAGCCUUACUCUUCCAGGAGGAAGUGUAGGUCUCUGAUCAUUGCCGUGGAAGCCCCGUGUGUUCACAGACUGGUCAGAGUGGACCCCCGAUCUCUCUCUUCAAAGCUUCCAAGUCUGUUACAAAAGCCAGGCAACCUCACAGCCCUUCCGAUGAGCAGUACCACUCCCUCCCACGCCCCAUUCCCGGGUAGAGCUAGUGCAGAUGCCACCGCUCCCCUCCCAGCACCUCCUCCCAGGCCGGCCCAGGGGCGGGCCUUAGCCGUUGGUAUGCGUGGCCCUGGGCCGUCACCACCCACGUAGCACCAGCUGCAGGGCUGCCGUUUGACAUGUCUGGGAGAUCCGGGUGCAGACUCACGUCCCCACCCUGGUACCAAUUGUCUCCAGCUGGGUCUCUCCGGAAGCAUAACAGGAAGCAGGCUCGGAUGCCCCUGGUCUUAAUUCCAGAGCUCGGAAACGAGGGACAGGUGGGAAGAAGCAAAAGCAACGGCCCUGAUCCUGCCCAGGUCUUCUGGAAAGUGUACAGGUGUCUCCAGGACUGUCUGCCGAAAAAGGAGACGGCAGUUACUCAGCCCCGCUGGUUGACGGUGUCCCUGGGGGCGUGGACUCCCAGUACUCCUGGGCCCCUGGGACCGCAGAGUCCCGUGGUGUUGGGACAGGAGGGCACAAAGACUCCAGGUGUGAGUUUGAGCUGACGCACUGCCCUCACUAAGGCUACGGAGCUCGCCCAGGACUAUCCACAGAACUGCUGCAGACUCCAGCUUGUGUUAGAAAGGGGUUCUCUCCUUUCUCUUUUCAUUCUCUGUAUGGGAGAGCUUUCAUAAUGGCAAGAGUGGGGUGCUUCAUUACUCUUGGGAGCAAGAUACUGUUUCAUCAUAUAUGUGUGUGUACAUGCAUGUAUAAUACACACACCAUGGAAACCAUAAUUUACUCCUCAGUCCACUUAUUUGUAUCAACAUUUCACUAGGAAAAAUUUUCAGACAAAAAGAGAAUUGUAUACCCACCAUCCAAAUUAAUAGCAUUAACACAUUGCUAUCAACCCAUCCCUCUAUCUAUCCACCAAUACGCCUUAUUUUUUGGAUGCAUUUCUAAGUAAGGUACAGACAUCAAUUCAUUCCCCCCACAAACACUCAGACACUUCAGCACGUAUAUUAUUAACUGGAGGGCAAUAUUAGUUUGUAGCUUUCUUUUUCCCUUUUAAGGUAAACUUUACAUACAGUGACAUCGUCCUUGCGGCCUUUGAUGAGUUCUGACAAAUGCAUCCACCCGAAUGAUGCGGAACCCUUAUCCGGCUGGAGAAUAUGACCAAUACCCCAGAAAGUCCCUCGUGGUGCUGCCCAAGCCACACCUGCCUCCACUGCCCCAAAGACAACACCUAUCCCGAUUUUCUCCCCACCAUAGAUUCGAUUCGCCUGUUCCAGAACUUCAUCUAAAUAAGUCCACACAGUCUGGACUCCCUCGGGCAGGGUUUUUAUUCGCUCAGCAUAACGUUCUCGAGAUUUAUCCAUAUUGUUGCAAGUACCAGUGGUCCUUUUUCAUUGCUGAGUAGUAUUCCAUCGUAUAAAUAUACCACCGUUUGUUUACCCAUUCUCCUAUCAGCGUACCUUUGGUUGUUUCUGGUUUUGGACUGUUAUGGAUAAAGCUGCGAUGAACAUUUUUUAUGUCUUUUCAUGACCAGAUACUUUUGUGUCUCUUGUCUUUACAAGAAACCAAGAAAAAGCCUUUAUUUUGAAGGGAAAUUUGGUUCCAACAGUGUCGCAGUAAGAACCAUAAAAAGUAUGCUUAUAAGUACACCCACAGGGAAGAAAUUGUGGAAAGGGUAAUUGCGUGUUUAAAAUGCUCCUUAUGAUGGAAAAUUUCAAAAGUGCAAAGAGAACGUGAGUACCCUGCAUCUAUUAGCCACGACCAUCUAUUCAACGAUGGUCAGCUUUGCUCUGCACACUCUCUGAGUAUUUUUGCUCUUUGUUCUUGUGGUCUAUAGUAACUUCAGAUGCAGUGAUCACCCUAAAAUACUUCUGAUAAGAAUGUUUUGUUCUUUGGUGUCAUACCAUGCCAUCGUGACCCCCAACACAAUUAGCAGUAAUUCUUUUAAUCCAAUCUAAUGCCCAGCCUGUGCUCAGAUUCUUUCUACGUCAGCGUGGUUUUGUUUACAAGUAGAGUCGGGAUCGAAACCAGGUCCCCACACUGUGUUGGAUUGUUAUGCUUCUUACGUGCCCUUUUGUUUUCACACAAUAUUUUAUUUGAUUCUGUUUCAAUACCAUCAGUUUGCUAGAGCAGCUGUAUCAUUAGACUUUGGGGAUGUCCCACAUUUUGAAUUUGCCUCAUUGCUUUCCUCGGUGUCACUGGCUUCAGGUUCAGGAAUGGGAACUGUGUCUAGGCGAGGCUGCGUGCUUCCUGUUCAGAGAGGCCUGCCUGCUUCAUUUUUACGAGACUGACCUGGGGCUGAGGGAUCACACAGAGUCCGCCCGGUCCCUUCUUUAUCCGCCGAGCUGAUGGUUUUACCAUCCACUGAUGAUUUGGCUUAAAAUUGUUAUUUUACUAAGUGUUAGAAAAGGGUGUUUUUCAGAGUCUGCUCGUCCAUC